GUCGAACGGCGCUGUGUUGCGACGGGACCAUGCCGCCGCGCCCUGCACCACCGAUCAACCGAUCUCAGGUGAUAUAGUCGAUGCGAUAGGAAUUGAUGAUCCGCUCUGCCACGAGCCAUCGAAAUUGACCGAUCGAAGGGCCGAUUACCGGAAACAGACGACCAAAAAUGUGACGCGAGGCGUGCACUCGACGGCCGGGGUUCGACCAGAGAAGACUGGACGACUAUUGGAAGCGUGACGUUGGAUUGACGGGAGCGGGCUCGACAACAUGAACUCGAGCGGGGAAUCAGGCGGCACGAUGACCGAAGACUACGAGGUAACAGGCUGCGGCCCACCGGAAGAGGAAACAGGCUCAAACUUGCCAGUUUGGGAAGCCGCAGCCGCCUCUUUGACACUAGGCUUCCUUGUUCUGGCCACAGUAUUGGGCAACGCGUUGGUGAUCCUCAGCGUGUUCACCUACAGACCGCUGAGAAUCGUUCAGAACUUCUUUAUCGUCUCGCUCGCAGUGGCGGAUCUCGCGGUCGCCAUUCUAGUGAUGCCGUUCAACGUCGCCUAUCUUCUGCUGGGCAAGUGGAUCUUCGGCAUACACCUCUGCAAACUGUGGUUGACCUGCGACGUGUUGUGCUGCACCGCGAGCAUCCUGAACCUCUGCGCGAUCGCGCUCGAUCGCUAUUGGGCGAUCACCGAUCCCAUCAACUACGCGCAGAAACGAACCCUGAAGAGGGUUCUAGCGACGAUAGCGGGCGUGUGGAUCUUAUCCGGCGCGAUCAGCUCGCCGCCAUUGGCCGGCUGGAACGACUGGCCGGAGGAACUGGAACCGGGAACACCCUGCCAGCUGACCAGAAGGCAGGGCUACGUGAUUUACUCCUCGCUAGGCUCGUUCUUUAUCCCUCUGUUACUCAUGAGCCUGGUCUAUCUCGAGAUCUUCCUGGCGACCAGGAGAAGACUGAGAGAACGCGCCAGACAGAGCAGACUGAACGCUGUCCAGUCGACCAGACACCGCGAGGCAGACGACGCGGAGGAAUCCGUGAGCUCGGAGACGAACCAUAACGAAAGAUCGACGCCACGAUCGCACGCGAAACCCUCGUUGAUCGACGACGAGCCGACGGAAGUGACGAUAGGCGGCGGUGGUAACGUGACCACGUCCUCCAGGAGGACAGUCGGAGGUAGUCGUGUGCCAGCCACGACCACCACGGUUUACCAGUUCAUCGAGGAGCGACAGAGGAUCUCGUUGUCGAAGGAAAGACGAGCAGCAAGGACGCUGGGCGUGAUCAUGGGCGUGUUCGUCGUCUGCUGGCUACCAUUCUUCCUCAUGUACGUGAUCGUGCCGUUCUGUCCGGCUUGUUGCCCGUCGGAUCGGAUAGUCUACUUCAUCACGUGGCUCGGCUACGUGAACAGCGCCCUGAACCCGCUCAUCUACACCAUCUUCAAUCUCGACUAUAGGAGAGCAUUCAGGAGGCUGCUACGUAUUCGUUGAAACACGGGGAGGCUGGUUAGUUCUAAUUCGAAUCUGUGGGAAACACUGCUGUUCGUUCUCGUUGCCGUUUCGCUCGCCCACGCAGCGGAAACGACGAUGAAACUUCGGUCUGCUUGGGAUUGGUCGUCGAGGGAGACGAAGACAACGACGAAGGAGAUGAGAGUUCGGCUGGCUUCCGGAUCGAGGUCUGUUGAAGAUGGUCCGAGUAGAUGCGUCGGUUGGUCGCGGUACGACGCUCGUUCCAGCCAUCGUCUCGCGUCACGAA